AUUUCGUGUAUCUCCCGCCAUCACUUCACAAAGUAAUACUAUUCAAUAAUUCAUCUGGGAUCUGACAGGUAACUGAGGGGAACGGUAAUGGGCUCCGACACCAGCAGCCGGUGGUGGCGGAAAUCGGACCUUUGGGAAGUGGCGUCCGUUCUGCUACUCAGCCAGGCCGUCUCUUUUAUAUUGGCUCUUCUGAACUUCACUUCAUCUCUAACCGCCAAUCUUGGUGCUAAUUUGCCUGUAACUCUUGGACUUUUAGGCUAUCUGGCUUUAACCUUGAUCUAUGGAAGCAUCUUGUUGUAUAAGCGCCAUGAACUCAUUAUUCCUUGGUAUUGGUAUGCUCUGUUAGCAUUCUUUGAUGUCCAAGGCAACUAUCUUUUUAAUUCAGCAUAUUACUUCUCAUCCAUUACAAGUGUAGCAUUAUUAGAUAGCUGUACAGUUGGUUGGGUGAUACUUUUUACUUGGAUCUUUUUGGGCACAAAGUAUUCUCUAUUGCAGUUCCUUGGUGCAGCUGUUUGUGGUGUAGGCCUUUGUUUGGUUCUUCUUUCUGAUGCUGGUGUUGGUGGUGGAGGUGGUUCAAAUCCACUUUUGGGUGAUAUGCUUGUCAUUGGGGGGACACUUUUCUUUGCACUAAGCAAUGUUGGUGAGGAGUUUUGUGUUAAAAAGAACUGUCAACUUGAAGUAUUAGCAAUGCUUGGUGUUUUUGGAAUGUUUUUUAGUAUAAUCGAGAUCACCAUAUUCGAGAGGAAGAAUCUUGAAGCAGUGGCAUGGUCUACUGAACUUAUACUUACACUUGUUGGUUACACAGUGGGAUUCUUUAUAUUCUACUCUUUAACGUCUUUUAUACUAAAGACAAGUGGGUCCACAUUGUUCAAUUUGUCCCUACUCACAGCUGAUAUGUGGGCUGUGAUCAUUCGCAUUUUUUUCUACGAACAAAAGGUGGAUUGGUUAUACUAUGUAUCGUUCUUAAUUGUUGGUGUUGGUCUUUUCAUAUAUUCCAAAAGUGAGAAGAAUCCAAUUCCGAAUCCGUCGCCGGAAUCUGAAAACGGGAAUCAGAAUCCACGGUACCAACUUGUUCAUGAACAAGGACUGCACCAGUCUUUCUUUCAAGUAUCUGGAACAUCGUAUACGAAGGGGUAUUAUCUUGUCGACGGGGUCUAUCCGGAGCGUGCUUGUUUUGUGAAGUCACCGUCUUGUCCAAAUGAUCGCAGAAGGUUGAAGUUUAAGAGAGUUCAAGAGAAGGCGCGAAAGGAUGUUGAACGAGCGUUUGAUGCUUUGAAAAAACGUUGGCAUAUUCUUAAAUAUCACGCGCCUUAUUUGGAGGAGAAGAAAAUGAGUGAGGAAAACGAGAUCGUUCCACCGACACAAGCUUUUGAGGUUGGAAGCGUGGAGUACUUGGCGAGUAGGGCAAUAGUUCAUGAUGUUGAGACGCAUCAUGUUCUUCGUGGGGAAUUGACUGAACAUAUUUGGACCGUCAACCACAUCGAUCUUAACGCGGAACCGAUCGAUGAUUUGGACGGUCAAUUUUCCGAUGAAGAUGUCCUUUAG